AUGGAUGAUAUGAUGAUCACUGGCAAUGACACAGUGGGUAUCUCUAGUCUCAAACAGUUUCUCAGUCGCCAGUUUGAAAUGAAGGAUUUGGGUCUUCUCAGCUUGGAAAUCUCUCAUGAUCCGACUGGUUACUUUCUCUCCCAAGCCAAGUAUACUUCUGAUCUCUUGGCUCGUGCUGGUGUUACCGUUUACAAGACUGCCUCUACUCCCAUUGAUCUUCAGAUUCGUCUCACACCUCUUGACAAUCAUUUGUUGUCUGAUGCUACUUUAUAUCGUCAACUAGUUAGUAAUCUUGUCUAUCUCACGGUUACUCGUCUAGACAUUGCUUGUGCUGUUCACAUUAUUAGUCAGUUCAUGACUGUUCCUCGCUCUCCUCACUAUGAUGCUCUAGUUCACAUUUUACGAUAUCUCAAAGGUACUAUGUUUCAUGGUCUUAACUACUUCACUCACUCUUCCCUACAGUUACAUGCAUUUUCUGAUGCUGAUUGGGCAGGGGACCCAACUGAUCGCUGUUCUACUACAGGAUUCUACUUCUUCUUAGGUAACUCUCUCAUUGCCUGGCGUAGCAAGAAGCAAACUCUUGUUGCUCGUUCUAGUACUGAGGCUAAGUAUCGUGCUCUUGCUGACACUACUCAAUAG